AUGAGUUUGUUGAGGUCGAAAGCGGUAGAUUACGACUUGGACUUUGAUCAGCUUAAAAAUGUAAGAUUUACAGGUCUUUUUUUUAUUUUAGAUUUUAAUUACUUAAAAUUUUUUGAGUUUUAGUUUGAAAAAGUAUAAAGCAAAGCAUAUUUUAUAACUAAAAUUUAGUUUUUAAGCCUAAAAAUCUGGUUUCAAGCCUAAAAUCAGAUUUUAGACUUAGAAAUGCAACUUUACACCUAGGAGUGAAAUCCUAAUCAUAAAAGUUAUUUUUACGCCUAAACUAGAAUUAUAAGCCUGAAAACGAUUUUUUAAGCCUAAAACUUAAUUUGAAUUAAAAAAAUAAAAUUUGGGCUUUAAAACUAAAAUUUUAAACCUAAAAGUGUAAUUUUAAACCUAAAAAAAUAUUUUUAAGCCUAAAAAUGGUUUUUCAAGUUUAAAAUAGCAUUUUAAGCCUAAACUUGAAUUUAAAGCCUAAAAAUUAAAUUUCAAGCUUAAAAAUCAAACUAUAGGUUUAAUGAUGCAUUCUGAACCUAAAAACUAUACUUUAAACCUAAAAGGAAAUUCUAAGCCCAAAAUUACAUUUAUAAGCCUAAAAAUGGUUUUUAGGCCUAUAAGCUUUAAAUAGAAACUUAAUUUUUGAAAAUAUUUUUAAAAACUUUUAGUCCGAUCUCCAUAUUCAUAUGCCAGCUGGUGCCGUAGCAAAAGAUGGUCCUUCAGCUGGUUGUGCCUUUACCCUAGCCUUGUUCUCGCUAUUAUCUGGAAGGAAAGUUCGUUCGGAUUCGGCUUGUACUGGGGAGAUUUCACUGACUGGGAAGGUUUUACCGGUAAGAUAAAAAAAUUUAAGAAACUUUAAAUUUCAAAAAAAAAAUCGAAAUUUUAAAAUUUUUUUUGAAAAAGUUGAAAUUAAAAAACAUUUUGACGCUUUUUCAGGUCGGCGGGGUAAAAGAAAAAGUCUUGGCAGCUCAUCGCGCUGGAAUCAUGAGAUUAUCAUUGCCCAAGGAGAACCAACGAGAUAUUGCUGAUCUGGAUCCUACUGUAUUGGUGAGGCAACCUUUAUUAUACAUUUGGAGUAGGUAGGGUUGGGUAUUGUAUUUUAGAGUAGGGUAAUGUAUUAUAAAGUAGGGUAGGGUACGCGGGGUAGGGUAAAGUAUUUAAUAGUAGGGUAUGGUACUGCAUUUUAUGCUAAGUUAGGGUACUGUAAUUUAUGUUACGGUAAGGUACUGUAUUUUAUGGUAGGGUACUGUGUGCUAGUUAGAGAUUAGGGUAGAGGUAAUGGUACGGAUGGACUAGAUACCGUACUUCUUACUUCGAAUUUAGAACACUAUUUUACUUACCGUAACCUUCACUUUAAAAUUAGGAAACUAUCCCACCUACCGUAAUCACGCCCUUAAAAGUGCAAAACUCUAUUUUAAGCUAGCCAAAGACAAUAAGCUAUAAAAAUCUCUGCUCUACGAUAAUAAACAGCUUGACAUACGUCAUGCCAAUUAAUAUUCCACCCUCGAUCCGAUGCCAAAACCCCGCCAUUGAAGACUUUCCUUUCAGGACCAAAUGAAUAUAUUGUUUGUGGACAAUGCGGACGAAUUAAUUAGCAAAAUGAUUAAGACCGAAGCCUCCGACGCCGCCAAACUUUGA